AAAAAAAAAAAAAAGCUCCACCACUGCACUGUUUCAAGUUCCCCUCUCCGGCUGAAACCCUGCCUGAUUUGUGGGCAAUGUUGGGGAUGUAGAAAAAAAAAAAGAAAAGGAAACCGGAGCAAAGAGAGCGUAAGGAAGGGAGAGAUAGAGAGACAACACUAACUGGGUAGCUAUGGAGAUAGUAGGUUUUCCUGGUUGCUUUCUUUGACAGGUGUCGAGUGGGAUAAAAUAAAGUGUGAGAACAGCCUCCAAGAUGUACGGCAAGGGUAAAGGAGCUGUGGUCCCCUCCGAUAGCCAAGCGAGAGAAAAGUUAGCGUUAUAUGUGUACGAGUACCUGCUACAUGUGGGAGCACAGAAGUCAGCACAGACCUUCCUGUCUGAGAUUCGAUGGGAGAAAAAUAUUACAUUAGGGGAGCCACCCGGAUUCCUUCAUUCGUGGUGGUGCGUAUUCUGGGAUUUGUAUUGUGCAGCUCCAGACCGAAGGGAGACGUGCGAACACUCCAGCGAGGCAAAGGCCUUCCAUGACUAUAGCGCGGCGGCGGCGCCGAGCCCGGUGAUGGGCAACAUGCCCCCCAACGACGCCAUGCCAGGUGGUCCCAUGCCUCCAGGCUUCUUCCAGGGACCACCCGGCUCUCAGCAGUCCCCUCACGCACAGCCCCCCCCACACAACCCCAGCAACCCCAUGAUGGGACCCCAUGGCCAGCCUUUCAUGUCGCCGCGGUAUCCAGGUGGUCCACGCCCCUCACUCCGAAUGCCAAAUCAGCCUGGGGGAAUCCCGGGAUCGCAGCCUCUCCUGCCAAACAGUUUGGACCCAACAAGACCGCAAGGACAUCCUAACAUGGGUGGACCGAUGAGAAUGAAUCCCCCCAGAGGAAUGGCCAUGGGCCCACAGAACUACGGAGGCAUGAGGCCUCCUCCCAACUCCAUGGGGGGUCCCAUGCCAGGAAUGAACAUGGGUCCUGGAGGAAGGGGGCCAUGGCCAGGACCUAAUGCUAACUCAAUAGCUUACUCCUCAUCAUCACCAGGAAACUAUGUGGGUCCACCGGGUGGAGGAGGUCCGCCUGGAACUCCCAUCAUGCCCAGCCCAGGUGAUUCAACCAACUCCAGUGAAAACAUCUACACAAUGAUGAAUCCCAUCGGACCUGGAGGCAACAGACCCAAUUUCCCUAUGGGACCGGGGCCUGAUGGGCCAAUGGGAGCUAUGGGAGCCAUGGAGCCACAUCACAUGAAUGGAUCACUAGGGUCUGGGGAUAUGGAUGGGUUGCCAAAGAGCUCUCCUAACAAUAUGGGAGGCAUGAACAAUCCUCCCGGGACGCCGCGGGACGACGGUGAAAUGGGCGGCAACUUUUUGAACCCAUUCCAAAGCGAAAGUUAUUCACCCAACAUGACGAUGAGUGUGUGAUUUUCUUUUUUUUUUUUUUCUUUUUAAUCUUUCUCCCCCAAUUUUUUGUGACUGCACCUGAUUUUUUUAUUUUUAUUUUUAUUUUUUUUUAUCAUUUUCUUCAAUCCUAACUUAACCUUCGGACUGACCCGCCUCUCCUCAUCGCACACACACCUUUUCUCACCUUUGCCCCCUCCCUCCUGACGGCGUCCAUCCUCCACCGCCCCCAACCCGCCCUCCGUCUUUCCUCUCCUCCCUUCGGGAACUGGUGCGGCCACGCAGCCUUCCGGGAGCGCCCUGGAGCAUGCUGGGACUCUAAUUAAGACGGGCCCUCCCGGAGCGUGCAAAAUGGUCGCCGGCGUGAGCAGGAAGCAGUCGCAGGGCAGCAGGAAGGGCCUCCUCUCCGACUCCGGCCCCAGCCUCCCCGGCUUUCUCUCGGGGUCCAGACAAUGAGCGAGGGGAUGGAGGAGACCGGAGAGCGCCGCCGUCCCUCAUGGACUCUCUUUGCAGCUGCUGGGAAUCUCAUCAACCGCAACGUUGGAUUUUUAUUUUAUUUUUUUAUCCGUCUUUACUGGUUUUUGUUUUUGCUCCCAACAGAUUCCACGGAGGGCCAUCAAUGUCCCUACAACAUUGUUGUUUUUUUUUCUGUACGUGUACAUUUGUAACAGAGUUGUUGUGAUGAUCAGUGAACAUGUUUUUCCAAAAUUCUUUUGUGUAUGUAAUGUAUCAUUGCUAUUUUUAUUUUUAUUUUAAUUGUAUUAUUAUUAUGAUAUUGCUAUCAUUUUAAGAUUAAGUUUUUUUUUUCGUUUGUUUUUAGGGGCACACUGUUUAAAUGAAGACAGCACAUGUGCAAAAACACACACACACACACACACACGCACACGAGUCUCAAAUACAGAUUCCUCUCAUUUAGAAUAUCGUUGGAAAGUUGAUUCAUAUCAGAAAUUCAAUUCAAAAUGUUAAAUUAAUCAGAGUUGAAUGUUGUAAGUGUAUAUUUAAGUUAGUGAUUAUAGCUGACGGCUGAUGAAAAUGUGAAAUGCGGUUUCCAACAAAAUUUGAAUGAAAACCAUCAAAGAAAAAAAAAGUUACUGAAAAGUUUUCCCGCUCAUUAAAACUUUAUAUGCACUCAGUACUUGACCCGGGCUCCUUUUGCACUAAUUUCUGCAUC